AUGUUCCUGGGCCGUCUUUCCGUCAAGGUCAGAAACAGGAUGGCCAAUGGAAAGGUUUGUAAGGCUUUGGGGGUGGAUCAAAUCAUCAAAAAACCCAUUAAAGUUGUUCUAGAGAAUUCUGCAGCACGACGGGAGGAUCGGCCCAAGAUCAUCAUCGAGCUUGAUCCAUUCCAAAGCCGAUAG